CCCAUCCUUCCUCUUCUCUCUCUAUAUUCUCUUACAAUUUCCAAAUACUUUUUUUUUUUUUAGUAUUUUUAAUUUUAUUUUCCGCAUCUCUGAUCUCUGCUAAGAAUUCUACGGAGUAUUUAACAAAAAAAAUCAAUUUAUUUAAAAAGGAGCCGAAUAGCCAAGACAAUGAAGAGAAGAGAGGAACCUUUGGGAAGAGAGAGGACGAACACAUCCUCUGUUUUUGUCUUGUACAUAUAAAAAAUAAAAAAAAUAUAGUAUAUAUAUUUAUAUAUUUAGCAUGUAUCUGCAUAUGCCUUGUGUUUAGAUCUCCGUUUCAUCCAAUUCACCGUCUGGGUUUUCUUCAAAAUGUUUCUGUUUUUGGGCCCUGAUCUAUGUGAAUUAUGCAUUUCAUAGUCACUGGAUUGAGGUCUUGAUUGAUGCAAACAAGGAUGAGAUGUUCCUCGAUUGAAUCCGACGUUUGUUAGUUGGUUUCUGAUCACUAUCUGCAACUGAGGUCUGCCUGAUUUUCUGGAUAAGAAAUGAUGGAAUCGGAUCUCGGUAAGCUAUUCAUUGGUGGAAUAUCUUGGGACACGGAUGAGGAUCGUCUUAAAGAGUAUUUUAGAUCGUAUGGAGAAGUGGUUGAGGCUGUGAUCAUGAGAGAUCGCAACACUGGUCGUGCCCGAGGUUUCGGUUUUGUGGUCUUUGCUGAUCCUGCAGUUGCUGAACGAGUGGUGAAGGAGAAGCAUAUGAUAGAUGGAAGAACUGUUGAGGCGAAGAAGGCUGUACCUAGGGAUGACCAAAACAUAAUAAAUAGAAGCAAUAGCAGCAUUCAAGGGUCUCCGGGUCCUGGACGCACAAAAAAGAUUUUUGUAGGAGGGUUAGCAUCCACAGUUACCGAAAGUGACUUUAAGAAGUACUUUGAUCAGUUUGGCACGAUCACGGAUGUGGUUGUGAUGUACGACCACAACACUCAACGGCCAAGAGGGUUCGGGUUCAUAACUUAUGAUUCGGAGGAUGCGGUGGAUAGGGCAUUGUAUAAAACCUUUCAUGAACUCAAUGGUAAAAUGGUCGAGGUGAAGCGUGCGGUUCCAAAAGAGCUUUCUCCCGGCCCUAGCCGUAGCCCUCUGAUUGGAUACAACUAUGGUCUCAGUAGACCCAACAACUUUCUUAACAACUAUGCGCAGGGGUAUAAUCUGGGCUCGGUUGGAGGCUAUGGGGUCAGGAUGGACAAUAGGUUUAGUCCCGUUGCUAGUGGUCGUACGGGGUUCUCUCAAUUUGCUAAUCCCGCUUAUGGAAUGAGUAUGAAUUUGGACCCGGGAUUGAAUCCUAGCUUUGCGGUGGGUUCCAACUUUAGUAGUAAUGUCGGUUAUGGGCGGGUUCUGAGCCCAUAUUUGAGUAGCAAUUCGAGCAGGUACAAUACUCCCAUCGGGUAUAGCCCGAGCAGUAACCGCGGUGAUUCCUUUUUAGCCUCUCCAACGAGGAACCUAAGGGGAAACGGAGGCCUCAACACUUCAAUGACUCUCGGUGGCUCGGGUUCGUUCUUGGCUUCUGGUGGUUUUGGAGUGUUUGGAAACAACGGGGCGAAUUGGGGGUCUUCUGUUCCCGCUCAAGUUGGCGGGAAUUCAUCUGGCGGCUAUGCUGGCGGGAAUUUCGGAUUCCGGAGCGGGGAUAACAGUUACGGGCUGGGAUCUGGAGGGAUUGGAAGAAAUAAUGCAGCAGCUAUGGCUACAACAUCUUCGUUUACUACACCUAUCGGUGCAUACGAGGGGUCUUACGGGGAUUUAUAUCGCAGCGCUUCUAUGUAUGGAGAUCCAACUUGGCAAGCUGCGUCUUCUGAUCCCGACGGUUCUGGUUCUUUCGGAUAUGGACUUGGAAACCCGGGAGCUGCUACCGCCAAAGAUUCCGAAGGUUAUAUUGGAGGUUAUAAUAUUGCAAAUAGACAAUCAAAUAGAGGAAUUGCAGCAUAGGAGUUCUCAUUAUUUGGAUAUAUGGAAGAUAAUAUUAGGAGAAGAGACGUCAGUGAAGUGGACCUUGAACGUUUUAUAAUACAUAUUUCAGAUAAUAAGGAAAACUGAUGAUAUAGAGCUAACGUCGUGGGUCUUGUCUGAAAGGGCGCAAGAAUAGGUGUGUUCCAAAAGAGAGCAGUUUUUAAGGGAUUUUGUCAAGGCUUAAGGUUUUUCGUUUUUUUUUUUUUUUUUUUUGGUUGCUAUUUAUAAGUGAUUUAGGCUCCAUUCUCAGCAUUUGAUCGAGAUGUAAAUGAGAUUGCAGGAGAUACACUCACAAUAUGCUUGUUCUUUAUGAUCCGCCACAAACCAAGUAACGCUGGUACAAGAGAGGUAGAGCAUAUUUUGAUCGAUAAAUUCUUUUUUUUUUUUUUUUUUAGGUUUUUGUGCGGUGUAGUGACUGACUGGCAAAGUAUGCCGGUGUUUCUCGUUUAGAGUUUCCCCGUUUAUUUUCUUCUCUGGGAUUGUGUGUGCUCUCUCAGAUUGUUUGUGAGAUGUUGCCUGCUUGAUAAUGGUGUGGAACAAUAUAGGGAUACCACAUAGGAUCCCCCAUCAAUAAAGUACUCAAUAUUUCUAUUCAUAUUA